AUGCAUCCACGUAAUGUACCCCCCGCGCUCGACGCCCGUCCGACCGUCCGACAUCCCCAUGGCACCCCCACCGCUCCACCUCCGACGCUACUUAUCCCUCUCCGCCCCCCGCCUCUGCCCCCGCCCCGCCCCUCCCCUUCCCCUGCUCCUCGACCACCUCACCGAAGCGCUUGGCUCCGACGACGACGACGUGCCGCCACCUCCACAUGGCGGACGACGCCGUCGCCGGAGCAGCCGUUCACUGCGCCAGCGGCGGCGCCGGCGACGGCCCCGCUGCCUGCUUCUAGGAGGCAGCUGCAGCAGCUCGACGACGCCGCCUGCGGCAGCAGCAGCGACGACCACUACCAGCAGGACGUGAUCAUGCUGAGGCAGACGAGGAGCGCACGGGCGUUCCCGCCGCCGAUCUCCGUGAUCGGCAAGGGCGGGCGGCCGUGGCUCAGCCUACGGGCGCACCGCGAGGGUGGACGCCUCGUGCUGCGGGAGAUGCGCCUGCCGUCGCAGGAGCUACCGCUGCAGCCCUGCAAGGAGGACGGCAGGUUCAAGCUCCUCAUCCACCCGGAGGCCCGCGCGCGGCCGUGCGGUGCGGGGGCGGCACCGCAGGAACGGCAAGGGAAGGAUGAGCAGUGCUCUUGA